AUGUUUAGUAUGAUGUCAUCAGAUUUGAAAAUUGAUUAUACAAGUAAGUGGUAUUACAUUAACAACAUGUAUUUUAUCCUACAAAAUGAUAAAAUUUAUAGAUCAUCUUCAAUACCACAAGGUCAAUUUGAACAAAUUUUUCAAGCUGAUGGAGACAUUGAAGCUUUAUGUUAUGGAUCAAAUGUUUAUGUUCUCGUUUCAGGUGAAAUGGUCUAUUCAUAUCCUGUAAGUUAUAACAGACAUAUUUAUUUAUCACAGGAUUUAUCAAAUUGGGAAUUGGUUUAUUCAUUCACUCCAAAAUUUACUCGAAAUUAUAGAUUUACAAAUUUGUUUUAUAUUGAUGGGUAUUUCAUUGCUUUUGGAUGUGGUGAUUUAGUAAAUAUCAGUAGUGAUGGAAAAAAUUGGUCUGAAAUCACAAAAUUUCAAGAUGUUAAAAAAGCAAUUUUCAAAAAUAAUAUGUUAAUAUUGAUGACAAUACCAAUUUUAACUUCUUACACGAUUUCAAUAUUAUAUAAUAAAUUCAAUAUUCAUACUGAGUUAAAUAAGAAAGCAGAUAAGGAAUAUGUUAAUACUGAGUUAAAUAAGAAAGCAGAUAAGGAAUAUGUUAAUACUGAGUUAAAUAAGAAAGCAGAUAAGGAAUAUGUUAAUACUAAAUUAAAUACAAUGUUUGAGAUGAUUUACCCCAUUGGUUCAAUAUAUACAUCAAUGAAUUCAACAAAUCCAUCAACAUUAUUUGGAUUUGGUACAUGGCAGCAGAUAACCGAUCGUUUUUUAUAUUGUACAAACUCAUCAAAACAAACCGGUGGAAGUAAAACAAUUACGGGCGAAAAUUUACCUGCUCACAGUCAUUACGUUAAUUUAAACACAACCGAAGCAGGAUGGCAUAAGCAUAGAUAUUGGGAUUGGUCAGGAAUGACAAAAGGUAAAGGAUAUGAUGUUAAAGAUGACGUUAAAUUUGCUAUUAAUUGUUACUGGAACGAUACACAGGGUUCAGGUAAUCAUACACAUAAUGUUUCAGGAUAUACACAAACGACGGGACAGAGUAAAGAUUACAUGCCGCCUUAUAUGACAGUUUAUGCAUGGUUUCGCACAGAUUGA